CUUCCCGCAUUAGCUGCAGCGAUGACGACACCUAAUAUUGGUGAUCACGUGAUAACGCCAUCACAUGAGCUGACGAGAGCAAGCAGCAAUCCUAUCCCAGAAUCACCUGAGUCGAAAUGCAAGCCUCCAAAAGAUACAAACGGUCAGACGUCAGGACCCGAAGACGAGCAAUUGAAAACUCCAGGUUUGUCCUAUAUAGCUCUAAUAUCAAUGGCGAUUCAGUCCUCGAGCGAAAAGAGGAUGCUUCUGUCUGAGAUAUACUCGUGGAUUUCUGAGAGAUUCCCCUACUAUCAGUUAAAAGAAAAAAGUUGGCGGAACAGCAUUAGACACAACCUGAGUUUGAACGAGUGCUUUGUAAAAAACGGCCGGAGUGAAAACGGGAAGGGAAACUACUGGUCCAUACAUCCGGCAAAUAUCGAAGACUUUGCAAAAGGCGAUUACAGACGGCGCCGCGCCCGUCGACGUGUGAGGAAAUGUGAUGAGGACCUCCAGCGUCUGUGCUCUGAAACACCGGCAGUCGAGGUACCUGUUGCCCCGUGUCAACCUAAGGCUGCAUCUCCGGAAGGAUAUGUUCCCAUGGCAACGACAUUGGUUCCCGCCAAUUUCCUGUCCAUCUUCGGUGUUCAUCAGAAGAAACCGUACGACUACUGGACGUCGUCUGCUCGAUAUUCGCAGUACGAUUUACCACAGCCCUACAGUUACAUAGAUUCGCAAGAUCUGGCAUACAUCGCCGGUAGCAAAGACUUUGACGAUGGACCUUACAAACGCCAACGCAUUGACAAUACUACGCUACCUUACGCUCAUUUUGAUGAACCAAAUUUGACGUAUUCAAUGACGUCAUCAACUGACUCAGCACUUUAUUUGAACAACAACGUCAACGUUUGUGAAGCGCCUGUGUGUGGCUUAUUUUCUCAAUCGGAACAAGUUUGA